UUCAAUCCUAAAACCUAAAUGCGAUGAACACGUGAACGGCAACACUGUUCGACACUAAAUGUUUAUUUUGUCGCUAAAAAAAACUAUGAUCUCACUUCUACAUUCAGUCUGUUACUAUCUCUUCGUACGACAUACACACGCAUACGUAUUCAUUGUAUUGCAUAUACGCCUUGCUGUAUAUAUAAAGAAAAUUGGGGGAAAAGAGUAUUGGCACUAAUCCCACACGCUGCGCCGGGCACAGUGCAGUGCAGCCCGUGAAGAAGACUGUCGUCGUCCAGUGGUGUUCCGUUUAGUGAAUGAUUCUUCUAUUAAUUGGCAUGGGAGAUGGAGGAAUCACGUAUUUCCAGUUGUCUCCUGCAUACGCUUUAAAACCGCGUGCUCUCUGUAUCAAAGAGAGAAAGUGAAGUUGAUCAACUGAAGAAAACGAAAGAGGCAGCGGCGCCAGGGAGUGUGUGCGCAGACGGGACUUUUGGUACCGAGGCGUGGACAGGGAGCGACAACAGAUCCUUAACAGCCCUAAGAACAGAACUUUAAGAUGGCAACACAACAGCAACCCUCCAGACCAACCCAGCUCACAAGGCACACGGUGAAUGGCUUCCGGUACCAAGUAGCUGUGAUCACAAAAGGGCGCGCAGUGUUUGUGCAGGCGGUUGAGUGGCUGUACCAAGGGGGGCCGUGUGUUAAGAGUCAUUUCCUUAGUUUGGGAAACUCGAGAGCAGACUACAAGCGGAAGUUUAACAGUGAACAAAGGGCUCUGUUAGAAAAGGGUGCUCCGUUUAAGGAAUUUGACAUCUCUCUUCUCUACAACAUUCUUCAACUUAUGUGCGGACUGGCUGGCCCCAAGAACCCUGCUUGGACCUGUCCCCCUUCGGGUCAACCUUUGGAACAUCUGCUUCAUAAAUUAAAACUGAUGAGGAACCACAUUGCGCACACAAAUGAUGUCCAGGAGAUGUCGGACCAGGAGCUCUUAAAAAAGUUAAGAAAACUCAAAUGUUUAUUAUCCAGAAUCCUCCGACUGGCUGGGAACCGAUGCGGAGUACAUCCCCACAUAUUCCGUGAUCAGGUUUGGGAAAUCAAGCAGUAUUUCCAAGGACUUCUGCAGAAAGUUAGAGAACCUCUAGAAAGCAGUGACCUGAAUAACUUUCCACAGCUACAGCAAGAAAUAAGGGUGUUUCAGGAAGCGCUUAGGAACAAAAUAGAAGGAGAUAGUCGGCAGGAACUUCAUGGUCUCUACCCUCACCUGUGGGACGUGACUCUCGCUCAGUGGCUCUAUCCGGAUCUGAAAAUCCAACCUAGUCUAAAUUUCACCAACUUGGUAAUCGUGGAAGACACGUCCACUCUGUCGCCAUCUCAGGAGCAGAAGCAUCAGCCUUGCAACAUUUCCCACAAGAAUCUUCUGCAGGUUAAGCAGCGAAAUGGUCGCCUGCCUGAGGUGAUCAUAAUAUCAGGCGAAGGAGGAAUAGGGAAGACCACACUGCUGAAGCACAUGCUGGAGAUGUGGGUGAGAGAUCCUUCGCAAAUUGAGGGACUUCAAGACGUUUCACUCUUACUAUACUUGCAGCUGCGAGGCUGCACAAUCAGCAGUUGGAAUGACCUUCUCAUGAGUCUCCUUCAUAAUACAUUUCAGGGAUCUGGACUUACCAUUGAUGUUUUUGUUGAUCUGUUCCUUGCAAUGAACAUUGUUGUUCUGUUGGAUGGUUAUGAUGAGGUGAGCAAGAAGGCAAAGAAACUCAUUUCUGAUCUCUUAUGCUACCCGGGAAACAUGCGUAUUGUGAUAACCACAAGACCAGGCUGUGCAAAAGAACUAACUCAGAUAAUGAAGAAUAAAAGACAGGUGAUUAAUGUUGAAAUCAAGGGGAUACGGCGGGAAGACCGGGCGCCCUUCGUUGAAAACACUUUGGCUGCACUUGUGCAAGAUGUAAGCCGCAGGGAAAAGCUGAAGGAGAAGAUUGUCACAAAUCUGAAAACUAUUAAUUUGGAAAAGGGAACUCCAGACAUUCCUUUAACCCUCACGCUGGCAGUCAUACGUGAGGUUGAGGCACCAGGCCAGAGCUCCCCAGAUAUCUAUGGCGAUUUGACAGCCCUUAUGAUGGACAAGAUCAGGGAAAGACUGGCAAGAAAAGGCAUUCAUGGUGUCGAUGAAAAAGUAAAACAAUAUCAUGAAUUCCAGAAGGCGGUUGCUCUCCGAGGUCUCAAGAUACGUGAACAUGACCUGUUGUCAGAGACAGUAGAAGAUUUGAAAGCAAAAUGUGAGAGUCUAAAUUUGCCUUACAAGGAAAUAUUUUCUGGAUUUCUUGUCUCAAAGAAAUCCCGACAAGGUCUUUUUAUCACUAUUAUUUGGUCCUUCCCACACAAUCAGUUCCAAGAGUACUGGGCUGCUGGCUACAUAACGACAGAGCUGUCAGCAAUGCAGUUACCAGAUUUGGCAAAGAUACAAGAAAUACCAACUUUGACUGACAUUGAGAAAAGGAGAAAAAUUUCUAUGAGGGUAUUACCGUUUGAUGAAGAGAUCGUGGAACUCAUGUUGAAAAAUAAUCCUAUAUUGCAAAUUUAUGCAGAUGGAGUUGAGGAAGCAAAACGGCUGUCAUGGCUGAGUACAUCGACAGAGACUGUAAUAUUACUGGUAGAUAUUUUGUUUAAUAUUACUCGUAUUUUAGCAAUGUCACAUAAGGACCUACUAGACAAAGUUGCAACAGCUAUUAUCAGUUUAAUCUUAUACAUUGACCAACUAUCUCUAGAAGAAUGUGACAGAAUAUUCCAAAUGGUAAUGGUUUCAGAACAACAUCCAAAAAUAGUGGAAGUGUGUGCCAGGCUACUGAGAGAGCGAGACAUUCUGAGUAUAGGUGGGAAUUACCUGCCUGAACUUGUCCCUCUGGUCGACCACAUGAAGCCUUGCUCCCUGGAAAUAUUUACGGAAAAGAAAGAAGAAGAACUGCGUCCGAACCAGCAAAUUUACGCUCUCGAAAAGUUGGCUAAAAAGGACAUAAGAAUUAGCCUUCACAUUCGUUCGAUAUGGGACACUGAAAUGUCUGAGACCUGUCUCAAGAUAUUCACUUGUCGAGGAACUUUGGCCCAACUGAUUAAGUUUAAUGGCUCUUUGGCGGCGUCAGCCAUGGACCUCCUCCCAGAGAGCCUCGGAGAGCUAAAAACCUAUUCUGACAGGGAAGGGAUGAUGGCUUUGCUCAAGAGGCUUCCUCUCCUGCGGAAACUUCAUGACUUGGACUUCUCUGGAUCACUGACAAAAGCCGAGAUAGAGCUUCUGCCAAAAGUCCUUCAGCAGUUAGAUGUCACAACAGAUGGGGAAGGCCUGCGGGCCCUUGCUAGGAGGCUGCCGCAUCUCAAGUGUCUUUACUGCCUAGAAAUAUGCCUGCUGGAUUGUCCCGCGCCUGACACACUGCUUGCCUUGCCAUACGAAGGGUUCUUGAAGCUGAACCUGCGGAAGGUCUCCCCCCCACAUUGGCUGUGGGUGUGCGACGCCCUGCAGGUGCUCCUGACCACGCGAACGGAGAAGGCCCUUGUCCUGUUCCCUCCUUGCUGCGAUGAAAUUUUCGAGACGAUUGAAGAAGAGCUGAUCCGACGCGAGACGAUCAGCGUCCGGUCCUUCGUGUCUUGGCCAAAGCAGAUUAAUAUCGAAAGGAAAAAAGGACCAAAAGUAUCCGGAAGAGGUUACUGCACUGUGACCUAAGAGGAGCCACCGAAGGAAGUCCUGAGAGACAGGCGGAGAGAUAGACCUACAGCUGCAAGGCAAUGCAAGGCAGGGAGCACAGAGAAGUAAAUGAAGUUGAGAUAAAGUAAUUGACUGAUGGGAAGCGAUGGAGGCCCAACAAAGACUAGGGAUACCGAAGGAACCGCAAUAAAGAAUAGGAAUAGGGAGCGAAGGAGACUCGAUAAAGAACGGAUGAAAGAAUGGAACCCAGUAGUCUCCCUUCCCCCAGCAGUGCCAUGUAGUCUUCUCUUCUUUUUCCACACAAGUCUAUUUGUGCUACACAGUCCUCUCAUUAUUUAUAUUUUUGUGCCAAACUCUGUGUCAUGCAGUCUCUCUCUCUCUCUCUUUCUCUCUCUCUCUCUCUCUCUCUCUCUCUCUCUCUCUCUCU